AUGAGCACCACAACCGCAUCGGAAAACAUAGCCCUCGUGCGCCGCAUGGUCACCGAGGUCCAACAGAACGGCCACUUCGACCUCAUUGACGACUUCAUCCACCCGAACUGGGUCGACCACCCCCAAAUGCCUGGCCACCCUGGAGAUCGCGAAGGCGUAUACAUCAUUAUGCGCAAUCUUCACAAAGCCCUGUUAGAUAUAAAAGUGGAAAUCAUUCACAGUGUCUGUACCGGCGACGUCGUGGCCACCAACAAAAUCAUCCGCGGAAAGCAGGUCGGCGAGUUGUUUGGCCAGCCAGCAUCGAACCAGGCGAUCGAGUUUCGGGUCAUGGACUUUAUGCGUGUGCAGGAUGGGAAGUUGAUCGAGCAUUGGGCUUGCCUUGGUCGGAUAAACCCCGUAUCAGAGGGAGCUUGA